AUCUCCGUGCCUGGAGAGGGGAGGCUAUAAAAUCCGGACUGCCAGGAGGGGUGGUGGGAAGAGAGAAUCCAGGGAACGGCAUUUGGUGUCCUCUCCACCCCUGCGCCUCGGCCCCGCUCCUCGCCCAUCCCAAAUUGCAAACGCGGCAAAGAGCAAAAGCAGAUCCAGCCCCCGCUGGGCGCAGAGGCGCGCGCUCGCUCCUCCUGGGCGCCCUGCUUUCCUCUCCGCGGCCCAGAAGAAGAGAGGGCGCGGGGUGGGUGGCGGCCCCGGUCGCCGAGCGUGUGUGCGGGUGCGUGGCGAACCGCUCCCGGGGUCAGGAUGCCCUUCCCCAGAGUCUGGUGGCUGCUGCUGCUCCCGGAGCUGCUCCCGCUGGUGCCGGCGCAGAAGUUCUCCGCGCUGACGUUUUUGAGAGUUGACCAAGAUAAGGACAAAGAUUGUAGCUUGGACUGUGCGGGCUCUCCUCAGAAACCUCUGUGUGCUUCUGAUGGGAGGACCUUCUUAUCCCGCUGUGAAUUUCAACGAGCUAAAUGCAAAGACCCUCAGCUAGAAAUCGCUUACCGAGGAAAUUGCAAAGAUGUGUCUAGAUGUGUGGCAGAAAGGAAGUACACCCAGGAGCAAGCCCGGAAGGAGUUUCAGCAGGUUUUCAUCCCAGAAUGUAACGAUGACGGCACCUACAGCCAGGUGCAGUGCCACAGUUACACGGGAUACUGCUGGUGCGUCACUCCCAACGGAAGGCCCGUCAGCGGCACGGCGGUGGCCCACAAGACGCCCAGGUGCCCAGGUUCCAUAAAUGAAAAGUUACCACAAAGAGAAGGCACAGGAAAAUCAGUCUCCUUGCAAAUCUUUUCCAUUCUGAAUUCAGAUGAUGCCGCGGCUCCCGCGUUGGAGACUCAGCCUCAAGGAGAUGAAGAAGAUAUUGCAUCACGUUACCCUACGCUUUGGACUGAACAAGUUAAAAGUCGGCAGAACAAAACCAAUAAAAAUUCAGCAUCCUCGUGUGACCAAGAGCACCAGUCUGCCUUGGAAGAAGCCAAGCAGCCGAAGAAUGACAACGUGGUGAUCCCCGAAUGUGCGCACGGUGGCCUUUAUAAACCGGUGCAGUGCCACCCGUCCACGGGAUACUGCUGGUGCGUCCUGGUGGACACGGGCCGGCCCAUUCCUGGCACGUCUACGAGGUAUGAACAGCCGAAAUGUGAUAACACGGCCAGGGCUCACCCAACUAAAACAAGGGAUUUGUACAAGGGCCGUCAGCUCCAAGGCUGUCCUGGUGCCAAAAAGAAUGAGUUUCUAACUAGUGUCCUCGAUGCACUAUCAACUGACAUGGUACAUGCUGUUUCAGAUCCUUCAUCUUCUAGCCGGCUUUCGGAACCUGACCCCAGUCAUACCCUUGAAGAGAGAGUGGUUCACUGGUAUUUCAAAUUACUUGAUAAAAAUUCCAGUGGUGACAUUGGCAAAAAGGAGAUCAAACCCUUCAAGAGGUUCCUUCGGAAAAAAUCGAAACCCAAAAAAUGUGUGAAGAAAUUUGUUGAAUAUUGUGAUGUGAAUAAUGACAAAUCCAUAUCGGUACAAGAAUUAAUGGGCUGCCUGGGAGUUACUAAAGAAGAAGGUAAAGCAAACACAAAGAAACGUCAUACUCCUAGAGGUAAUGCAGAAAGUACUUCUAAUCGACAGCCAAAGAAGCAAGGAUGACUGGCUUACAUACCCCAGGCAGUUCCUAGAUAUGUGGGACAUUCCCUCACCAAAAAAACAAUUAAAACAAAAACAAAACAAAACAAAACAAAUCGCACAUAGUAUUUGCACUUUGUACUUUAAAUGUAAAUUCACUUUGUAGAAAUGAGAUAUUUAAACAGACUGUUGUAAUCUGUGAAAAUGGAAUGGUUGGUUUCAAACAAAAUUAAUCACAUACAAUGUAUGUACCUUCUUUCGACCUUUGAAAUUGAACUUGGUGGAGAUGCAUUUAAAUUUAAUUUCUUUGUCCUACGAAUUUUAUCAUAGUAGAAACCUUAGUGUAAGGUAUUUUGGUUCCAAUACUUAUUUCCUUUUCCUAACCAUUACAGUCACUUAUAGUCACGCCAACACUUUGCUUUAUUUGAAAUCUACUGUACUCGCAACAUCGUUGAACCGUGUUGGAAGCUCUAAGUUUCCAUAGGAAGUUUGUAAUUUACUGCUGACUCCAUUGUGCAGUUCACAACUGAAUGGGUUUAUUUCUUGGGAUUUUGUGUUAGUUUGUCUUGUUUUGCUUUCCGGAGAUCUUGCUCACACAAUGAGUUAUGCAACCACUAAAGACAUCCAUUAGCUGCAGGUAGAGCUCUGGUAGAAAGAGUAUAUUUUCUAAAUAGCCUUGGUGUGCUUGCCUUUCCAUUUCAAGCUUCUGUUUGAGUUUUGCCUUUGGCUGAGAUUAAUCAUGCAGUAACCUAUGACAGAAUUAUUCCUGCUGUUUGGAGGUGCAUACAAUUGGCCUGUCAUUCAGAAAAAUAAAUCUCACUAUGGUGCAACCAACCCAGCUAACCAUGUUUGCCUGCCCUGCUUUUCCUUUCCACCCGGUCUUUACCCAUCCUACAUUGGCCACUCCAGGACCCACUGGAAGGUAAAACUAUCACCUGAACAAAUUAUGAAUAGCCCCCUUAAAGAAGGUACAGUUAGGAGAAGCUGUGUAGGGGGUGUAGAUCUUGGCAGCCAACAAGUUCCUGCAGGUUUCCAUGCCCUCCCUUUCCUUCUUUUCUGAAUGCCUCAAGGACAUAAGAAUUUGCCAAUGGGAAAUUCAUCUGAGUGGUACUUUUGAGAAAAGGGUCAGGAACGGAAGGGCCGUGCCAUGAGCCACUGACUGGCCCAUAGAAACCACCAGCUCCCACUUCAGGCCUGGGCACGAAGAUUGGAAAAUGUUCAUUGGCUCUCUGAAAUCAUUUGGAGCGUAGUCUGGGAGCUGUUGAUGGUGAUGCUGAUGUUAUCUCGGCUCGGACUUUUGGUUGGGGAAAAAAAAUCCUCCUGGCUUCAAAUCCCCCAAGACAUGUCACGUCAAAUGAUGUUUGUGAAUAUGCAUGAAGAUAUUUUAUGAGGCUUAUUACUUAUUUAAACUGUGCAGAAGUAAAAAUGGAACAUGGAUAUUUGGAGCUUCAAAGAAAGCUCAAGUGCAUGUCCUCCUUGUUUAAGUAAUGGUUAUGAUCCCAAGUUUUUUGAUAAUCUUCUAUUUCUAAACUCUGAAUUUAAUCAUUUUUCUUAGAUUAAAAUACAAUAUGCUAUCA